AUGAAGAGGGAUGUAGCAGAUUGGGUUGCGAAGUGCAACACUUGUGCCUUGGUGAAGGCAGAGCAUCAGGUUCCGGGUGGUCUUUUGCAGAGUUUACCCAUUCCAGAGUGGAAGUGGGACAGGAUUACGAUGGAUUUCGUGGUUGGACUACCUGUUUCGAGGACUUUCGAUGCUAUCUGGGUGAUUGUGGAUCGGUUGACUAAGUCUGCACAUUUCUUGGCCAUCAAGAAGACAGAUGGAGCUGCUGUCUUGGCUAGGAAGUUUGUGCGAGAGAUUGUGAGGCUGCAUGGAGUGCCAGCUAGUAUUGUGUCAGACCGUGAUCCCAGAUUCACUUCAGAGUUUUGGAGGGCGUUUCAGGCAGAGAUGGGCACUAAGGUGCAUCUGAGUACAGCUUAUCAUCCGCAGACAGAUGGUCAGUCAGAGAGGACUAUUCAGACUUUGGAGGAUUUGCUGAGGAUGUGUGUGUUGGAUUGGGGUGGCCAUUGGGCAGAUCACCUGAGCUUAGUUGAGUUUGCAUACAACAACAGCUUUCAGGCGAGUAUUGGCAUGGCUCCAUUUGAGGCUUUGUAUGGGAGGCCAUGUAGGACACCCCUAUGCUGGACCCAAGUGGGGGAGCGCAGCAUGUAUGGAGCUACUUAUGUUCAGGAGACGACAGAGAAGGUCCGUGUUGUGAGGCUGAACAUGAAGGAGGCUCAGGAUAGGCAGAAGAGUUAUGCAGAUAGACGCAGACGAGAGCUUGAGUUUCAGGUGGGAGAUAGAGUUUAUCUCAAGAUGGCUAUGUUGAGGGGUCCUAACAGAUCCAUAGCAGAGAACAAGCUGAGUCCGCGUUUUAUGGGGCCGUUUCCAGUAGUGGAGCGAGUUGGGCCAUUGGCUUACAGGCUGGAGUUGCCUGAGAUUAUGAAAGCCUUUCACAAGGUUUUUCAUGUGUCGAUGCUGAGGAAGUGUCUUCACCCUACAGAGGAGUUAGUGGCUAGGAUUCCAGAGGAUCUUCAGCCAGAUUUGACAGUGCCGGCAGUGCCUGUGAGGAUUUUAGAGAGGAGGGAAAAGGUUCUGAGGAACAAGAGGAUUCCCUUACUGAGGAUUUUGUGGGAUUGCAGUGGUUCUACAGAGGAGACUUGGGAGCCAGAGGCAAAGAUGAAGUUGAAGUUCAGGAAGUGGUUCGACAAGCAGGUCGAGGAGUGA